AGGUUGCUUUUAAGUCACUUAGUUAUUUGGACAGCAGUUAGUGCUGACUGUACCUGCUUAACUUAACAAUGCUGAAGCAACUCUUAUUUGGAACCCUUAUUUGGAUGGUUAUCUUCUUUAAAAGAGCACAAGGCUGCAAUGGGAGUCUCAAUCUGAUAUCUGCAGCAGCACCUGGUAAUAUCACAAUUGGGGGUCUUUUUGAUGUGCAUCAACAGUCAGAGAGGAACUCAAGUAUUUUGAACACAACUUCAUGUUCAGGAUUUGAUGUGGAUAAAUUCCUUGGAGUGAUGAGCAUGAUAUACACCAUCCAAGCCAUUAACAACUCCACAGAAAUCCUGCCAGGCAUAAUCCUGGGCUAUGAAAUACUGGACACCUGCAGUGACAUUACUACUGCUCUAGCGGAUGUUUUUCAGUUGCUGUCCCUAUCCAAAGCUCCAGAGCACCAAGCUGAAGACCUCUGUGAUUACACAACAUACAGGCCAUUUGUUAGUGCCGUGGUGGGUCCAGGCUAUUCUGAUAUAUCAGUUGCAGUUGGAAGAGUAUUUCAAUUGUUCAUGAUGCCUCAGAUCAGUUAUUCGUCAUCAUCUACCAUUCUGUCUGAUAAAGCACAGUUCCCUUCCUUUUUAAGAACUGUUCCCAGUGAAGCAGAUCAAAUAAAGGCAAUGACUUUACUAAUGGUUCAAAUGAACUGGAGACAUAUUUUAAUUAUUGGAAGUGACGAUGACUACAGUCAACAAGGAGUAACUGCCCUAGUUACUAGUGCCCAGCAAGCUAACAUUUGCAUUGACUUUUCUCAAACUAUUCCUACCAGUGAGAUCACAAAUUUGCUCCCUGGGCUUAUUCAGAAAGUCAGGGAAUCCCCAGCUAAUGUUGUGGUUGUUUUUGCAGAAGCUACUUUUGCAAAAGUACUACUUCAAAGAGCGAUAAAUGACUCAGUUAAAAAAACAUGGCUUGCAAGUGAUACAUGGUCUGUCUCCUCUUUCAUCACUACCUUGCCAAACAUAGACACAAUUGGAAACAUUUUGGGAUUUUCGUUUAAAAUGGACCAAGUCAACGGUUUUGCAGAUUUUCUAGACAACUUACCGUCAUCUCAGUGGAGUAGGAAUCAGUUUUAUGAGGAGUAUCAGAGUUUACGGGCUGUUUGCAACAGCAGCAGUAUUAGUGAAAUCAUCAACUGUAUUAGCAGUAAAAAAGCAGACAGUGUUACAAGAAAGUUCUUGGGCCCAGAUGGAUUUUUGAAGGAGCUCAUUGAAGCCGGCACACCUAUUCCUUUUAAUGUGUUCCUGUCAGUGUUAUCUGUGGCACAUGCCCUGCAUGACCUACUGGGCUGUGACAUAACAUCAUGUAAUGGCAGCUUGGAGUUUACCCCAUGGAUGCUGCUUGAAAAACUGAAAACUGUGAGAUUCACAGUGGAAAAUCAAGGCAUUAAUUUCACCUUGGACACAGACCAACCAAUUGAAUUUGACCUUGUAUUUUGGGAAUCCCGCAACAAUGGAAUCAAAGUGCAAGUCAUCGGCAAUUACACCAAACAAAAAAACUUCACCAUUCAAGACAACUACAAAAUGGUACUACAGAAUAUCUCUUCUUCAUGCUCAUCUCAAUGUAAACCAGGAGAAAUGAAAUCUUCCAAUUCCUGCUGCUAUAUGUGUGUGCCUUGCCCAGAAGGGUUGAUCAGUAAUAUAACAGAUGCUGCAAGCUGCUUUCCCUGCCAACAAGAUGAAUACCCAAACAACACUGUGUGUAUUAAAAUGCCACAAACCUAUUUUAAUUGGACCGAUAAUUUUGCUAUCUUUCUGAUGAUAUUUGAUAUUCUUGGGAUCAUCAUUGUUGGUGCCAUAGCUAUGAUUUUUACAAUUCACUACACAACUCCUGUAGUAAAAGCUGCAGGAAGCUUUAUGGUUUAUGUCAUCCUAACAUGUCUCUUGUUAAGUUUUAUUAGUGUUAUCUUCUUUAUUGGAAAGCCAACAGAUAUAAAGUGCAAAAUACGGCAAAUCAUGUUUGCCAUUAGUUUCACUUGUUGUAUUUCUUGCAUGUUAAUGAAUUCUUUCCGCAUAUUUGUUGCUUUUAUGUUUGAUCCACUUCAGCAACACAUACUUAAAAUUGUCUAUAAACCAUUCAUGAUUAUCCCAGUUUUCAUACUCCUCGAAGUACUCAUUUUGGUUCUUUGGAUGACACUGAAUGGACCCACAACUUAUUUACAAACCAGUGAGGAUAACCAAGUAUACCGUUGUAGUGAAGGUUCUUUAGUGGCAUAUUAUUUCACUCAUGGAUACACAACAUUUAUUUCACUUAUUUGUUUUACAUUUGCCUUUGUAAGCCGUAAACUUCCACAUAAUUACAACGAGGCAAAAUUUAUUACCUUUGCAAUGUUAGUCCAUUUAAUUGCAUGGAUGAUUUUUUUUGCUGAAUUUUCAUACUCAUUUGGAAUAUACCUCUCCGCAAUUCAAGCUUUAACAUGCUUAAUAUCGAGUUAUGGAGUUGUCAUCUGGUAUUUCUUACCAAAGUGCUACAUUAUGUUAUUCAGAAAAGAGAAAAACACCAGAGAAAACUUUUCCUUACAUGUGUAUAGUUACUCGCAAAAGACUGUGAAUGAAACAUUUCAAAAAGCACACGAGACCACAAAUCCACCUGAAAACAGGGUCUGAACAAAAUCCUUCUUAAUAUUCAUUUAUCUGCAAUUUGUACCCAUUUUGUUCAGUUCAGAGCUGUGGAGGCCAGAGCAUUUUCUGGGCAGGAUCAAGUACAAAUCAGAAACCAACCCUGGAUGAGGGUGCCAGCUCAUUACAGGG